UGCAAAAUGAUUGUACAUGUAACAGUAUAUAAACUGGACUAAUAUCAAUUCAUCAUAAAUAGCAUCAAUGAAUUCAACAUGUUAAUGUGUGCACUUUAAUUAACUCACACAAGAUACUUGGACAAAUCAGUGAAUUAUGAAUGACAUCAAAGUCCCACAAUCAUUAUCAGUUAUUCAAGCUACAACGACAAAUAAAAUGAAGUGGAUUAGUAAAAUUGCUUAUGGAACGGGUCAAAUGCUUAAAGAUCUUGUUGCAGGAGUUAUCAGUAUAUUCUACAUCAUAUUCUAUGAAGGUUGUAUCAGUUUGAGUAGUUCACAAGUUGGGGCAUUAUUACUGUGUGGUCAGAUUGCCAAUGGAUUAGCCACACCACUGAUUGGUUAUUUAUCAGAUCGUCCACUCGGCCUAACUGAAAAAUCGGCAACUGUUCACCAGUCGAUAACGUGUGAAGAUGGAAGUGUAAAGAAGGAUAAGAGGUUGUUCAGUCGAAUGAAACGACAGUUGAGACUUGGACAGAGAAAGUCAUGGCAUUUAGGUGGAUGUUUAUUGAUGCUUAUUGCCUUUCCGUUGAUGUUCGGACAACCGGAAUAUUUUGUUGGUCUUCCAAUUGUGGUGAAGUUAUUGAUCAAUGGCAUGUUUAUGAUUUGUGUUCAGGUAUGUUUUAUUGUAUGAAUGAAUGUUUGUGAUUGUGAUGUGGAGUUUUUGGAAUCACUCGGAAAAAUAUUAGGUGAUAAUGUUGGUCGAUUGAGUGAAUAUUUUAGUACGAUGUGUUUGAUCUAAAUCUAUGUAAAUGUGUAGACAUUGGAAUGAAUAUCACGAAGGCCUUAUUAUUUCAGUUUUAUUCAAUAAAAUGUCUGAACCCUUAUCAAUUUAGAUAUCUUAUUACUUAAGUUUUCUUGCCUUCUUUAGCUAAUAUUAUUAUGGUCACUUUACUGUUGUAUUUUGAUACUUACUAUCAUUUUGUCUAUCGUAAUCACAGUGGUUUUCA